AUGGCGUUUGCUCUUCUGCGCAGCAGCCUCGCCGCUCGCAGCCUCGCGCGCAGCUUCAGCACGUCGCUGGCGCUGCACGACGCCGCCGCCGGUGCGACCGCCGCCGCCUCGUCCAGCUCGGCCGCCUCGCCGCCGCCGCGUGCGUCCCGGGCGCCUCGCAACGCCGACGGCGCUUCUUCCUCUUCGCGCCCGCAGCGCUCUGCCUCUUCGGCACGCGGCACUUCCCGCGGCGGCUCCUCCUCGCGCGGUGGCUCUGCACGCGGCGGCGGCGGCCGGUCCAGCGGCGAGCGUGCCGACCGUCCGCCUCGUCGCUUCGACGGCGGCUCUUCGUCCGAGCGUCGCGUCGUCGUGCCGGCCAAGAUCGACGUGCCCUCUACCGAGUGGUCCUCGCCGCUCUAUGCCAUCAAGGGCGCCGCUUAUCUCCCUGCCGGCCCGCCCGUGCCUGCCGAAGUGGCACUCGGCGCAGACGGCAAGCCAGCCUCGCCGAAGCCACUGCGGAAAGCAGAGCGGUCACUGCACGUGCACUUGCGCAAGGGCGUAACGACGCUGGGUCCCGUCAAGCCCAACGAGGCGCGCGCGCUGCCCGAGGUGGAGCGCGUGGCGAGAGAGGAGAAGGUGCUGGCGGCGCUGGGAGGACAGGUGCUGCGCAAGGCCGAGCAGGAGGCCAAGGGGGGCGAAGGCGUCCUCAAGAGCGCGGCAGACGUGCUGGAGCAGAACGUCACGGUUGGGCCCGAGGGCAAGGUGUGGGUCGUCAAGCAGAUGAGGGAACUGAUGAAGUAGGAAGAUGGACACCGCAGACCAGAGAGGGAAGGGCGCAUGGGCUGGGAGAUGAAAGCGAGGCAAGCACGCGUGGGUUGGGAAAGAGCGGGAGGGACCAAUUUGAUAGAGUACAGUUGUGUGCGGUUGCUUGACUGAUCUCACAGCUCUCGGCGCUGCAUUGUGCUGCCCGAAAGGCGAGUGAGUGAUGGACGAGCGUCCGACCUUCUGCGCUAUUUCCCGUCACGCAGGCCUGUGCAUAGCGGCGCCUUGCGCUAUCUUCCUGGUCCUGCUUGACCAAGCCUUGCUUGUCCGCCGGG